UUAUAUUAUAAUGUUGUAUAUGAUUGUUAUGUAAUACAAAUGACAAAGACAUUAUCUUUAAUUCUUCAACCAUUCAGUAUUCUAUUCAUUAGUUUAGCUUUAAUAAUAAAUCAUUGGAAUUGUGGUGGAUUAUUUACAUCAUGUUUAAGAAAUUAUCAAAUCACUUCAAUAUUAUUAAUAUUAUUCUUUUUUCUUGGUAUAUUACUUUUAACUAUUGCAUUUAUACUUGAUUUAGUAACUAUCUGUUCUGAAUCACUUGAUUCAAAUGCUUCAUAUUCUACAAUUCGUUUGAUUAUAUUAAUAUGUGGUUUAAUCAAUAUACUUUUAGCUAUUCUUAUUUAUUCAUUACAAAUAGAUCGUCAAUUUUCUCGUUUAUUAUGUACAAUUGGUAUUGUAUUUGUAAUACAAGUUGCUUUACUUAAUUUAUUAUUCUCUUCUUGUAUUCAUAGAAAUCAUCAUUCUGAACCAAUAGUUCAUUGAAUGAAUGAAUAAUUCUAUAUAUGAAAAGGAUUGCCCAGGACAUGGUUGGAUGGAGAGUGCUGGUGGGCGGCCUCUGCUUCUCGACGAGGAGUAACAGGCGUAAUCUUUGUUGGAAGUGGAUAGGACAUACAUUGAAGAAAUCAUCAAACUGCAACACGAGGCAAAUCCUAACUUGGAAUUCUGAAGGGAAAUGGAAAAGAUGUAGGCCAAAGAACACACUACGUCUGGAAAUAGAAGCAGAUAUGAAAAGGAUGAAUAAGAACUGGAAACAACUGGAAAUCAUUGCUCAGGACAGAGUUGGAUGGAGAGUACUGGUGGGCUGCCUAUACUUCGCCAUGAUGGAAAACAGGCGUAAUUCAAUAAAUAUUCAUAUUCUUUAAUGUUUACUCUUUAAUAUUAACUCUAUUGUAACUAAAUUGAUUUCAUUACUAAUCAACUUGCUGAUACAAUAUGUAAACUUUUGGUAAUACAG